CCUGAAUCACAAGUUUCUAGACUCCCCAUACAGCAUAACCCACAUAUUUUGUAUCCCACACGAUGAGUGUGAAUAAAUCCAGGCGGAGCACCCGACGGAUCCGCAGAUCCCUAGCUUCCGGGAUCGAUCUCCUAGGCCCCUAUAUCUACUGCGUCAACUUCUACGAGAAUGGAUUAAAGGCUGUGCGAGAUGAGUUUGUAAAGCGGGUGAUCAGCGGCACUCGUCGGGCGGUGUUCGUCAUUGACUUGGAUAAAGAAAUUCUGGAGGCCAACGUGCAGUUCGAGCGAAAGUCGAGGAUCAAGAAAGGUGGAGGCUCCCUAGAUUUUAGGGCUUUGGAUCCGGUGAACAUUGCACUGCAAUGCAUUCAAAACUGCGUCGACGAGUUCGACAAAACAACCAAGAAGAUCGAGUCCGAGGCGAACUUCGACCUGCACGCCUAUUGGCAACGUAAUAUACCCGCUCAGCUCAAGAACCUAGUGCCCAAGAAGAAAGGUACCCCAGAGACCAAGCGAGGUGAGAACACGGCCAGGCCCAAAACGGGCAAGGCAUCCAGCGACAAGGUGCGCCUGGAGAAGAUCAAGUGCUCCUCCGUGACAGCCAAGGAGCACCACAAGGUUGGCAAGGGAGUAGCGGAGUCCAAGCGUGAGUACAUCAGAGACAAUCCGCUCUUUACGAAAAUCCUGAUCCUGAUCGUGGGCCAAAUGGACAACGAUUUCUAUAAGAAUCUUCUGGCCUACGAACAACCGCUAAGGGCAAUCAUCCAUUUCAUGCCCGAGGAGAGUGCCUACGAUCUGCUCGUGCCUCGUCCACGGCGGGAGCAACAGCUCCAGGAGGCACUGGCCAACAUCCAGAGGGACAUCCACUCCCUGCGCAAGAGGACGCCUUCGAAGCCGGUGGGCAUCUUCCAGCACCAGCUGCCCCAGAUGUCCGCCUGCAUGGCGGCCAAGUUCACGGACGACGUCUUCGACCAGCUGAGCUGGUACAUGUACGAUGUGGAAACCCUGCGCGAGUGGUACCGCAUGUUCUACGUGGAGCAGUACAGGGAGACGAAUGUUAAGAUGGAUCCCGCGCUGUCGCUGCUGGAAUCAUUCCACAUCGUCGAAUCGCUGAGCAUCCAGGGGCAUUAUAUAAAGACCCAGAUGCCGGUUUCGCGGGACGAUGACAGCACAGUCUACAUGUACAUGGAGUCGCUGAUGAGCACGUUUGCCAAUCCCAGGGAACUGAUGACCGAGACGGAGGUCCUGCUCCUGGCCAAUCCCACGCCAUCGGUUCAAACCCGAGUCCUGGACAAGGUGAAGGUGUAUGCGAACUCGUUCAAGAGCGUCGUGAAGCUGAACAAGAACGAUCGUAUUUUCGUGGAGCAGGCCAAUGGGCUGCUGUCCAACCUGAUGUCCUACAUGGACCAGUCCCUGAUGCGGAACGUGUACCACGGCUGUCUGGAGUACAACCUGUUGCGGCGGUACUUCACUUCCGGCUAUAUCAACCACUCACUGGCAUGUCAGCCAUACAAUGGCGGACUGGAACCGAUCUUCCUGCCCAAGUUUGCCGAGCUCUAUCUCACGGAUGACUCGGUCAUGCAACGCAUUAUCCAGCUGGUCAAGGAGUACGACGACUUCAGCGUGGAGGAGGUCCAGCCCGAUGUGCAUCUCUACACUUUCCGGCGAUCCCUGAACGAGGUCUUCGAGCAGGAGAAUCAAACGGUCAUCCCCACACGCCUUUGCUUCAGGGACUUUACACUGUACGAAAUGGAAACUUUCCUCGACGACCUGGUCACCCCGCAAAAGUUCAGCGAGAUCACAGAAAGUUAUUUGUCUCACGAAACCCAGAGUGCGGAGGUGAUUUUGGGUCACGACCCCUUAAUGGUCAGGUGCAAUGAGGACAACGAUCGCGUGUCCAUCGAUCCCAAUGUCUUUAUACGCAAAAAGUCGAUUAAGGAACAGUUGGCUAAUAAAAGGGAAAAAAGGGAACUGGAAGAAUCGCGGGCUGUCAGCCGCAAGGAUUCAGUCAUUGCGGAUAUAACAAUGCCAUCAAGAUUUACAAGGCUGUCUGGAAAGCCUACGACAAUGGAAGCACAAGGUUCCUUUUCCCAAGCAAAAGAGUCUGCAGUCGAGUCAAAGCAUUUGUCCGUGGGACUAGGUCGAAAUCAUCCCAUGCUGGACGGCUAUAAUCUGGACGACACCCGGCAGACCAUCAAGUCCAAGACCUCCAAGUACUUCUUCGAAGAGGGCAGGAUGUUGCUCUAUGAGGAGAGGUGGAACUUCCGCCAGAUGAACAAGUGUCUGGCCCUCGAGAUUGGUGGCCAGGAGGUGCACUUCCGGAGUGCCGACGAGCCCUUGGGAGCCACUGCAGCGGAUGCCAGCGUGAGGAUCGUGUCGAAGAACGGUAUCAGUCUCCGGGUGAUGCCCAAAAAGAUGGAAUGCGCCAAGGCGGUGCUGAACUUUCCCAACGGCCUGAGCACCUACUGCCACGACACCCACACGGAGCACCUGUGGCAGUAUCAGGACAACGAGCUGGACGAGAGCAGGCGGGUCUGCACACCCUACGGCUGUGUGAUCGUGUUCUACCAGAGCACCGACACCGUUCUGAUCAUGCGUUACAACGGGGAGGUGUACCAUCUGUACAGCUUUACGGAGGCCGACAACGAGGAGGAGGAGGACCUGAACUCGGAGUUUAUCAAUGCCUGCUCCACGCAGUCCACCUACUCCAGCUACCAGCCCAUUCGCGAGCCCAAGAAGAGGGAGAAGAGCCGCGAGGGUUCGACCCAAAAGGACUCGAUUGUACGCAGUAUGGGUGGGAGGGAUUCCAUUCUCCGGCCAUCGACCCAGAGCGUGGGCUCCAAGGUCACCCAGAAGAGCCUGGCCUCCAAGGGAUCGAAUUUGGGCAGGCGCAGAAGCCGGCAGCUCAAAGAACAACAGGCUGCCGCUUUAUUCGAGAGCAUUAAGUUCGAGCUAACCUUCCUCAACUUCAUCAUGGCCCUCUACAAGCUGAGCUAUCGACACCUCAAGCUGAUCACCUCGCUGGGGAGUGUGGUCCAUGUGCAGCGCGACGGGAAGAUCUGGUGCGGGAAACCCUUCCGGAACACCGAGUGGCACGACUACUUCGCCAACGAGUCCUAUUCGAUGCGAGACGAUGGCGUCAAGAUGAUCUGGACGGUGGGAGAGUUGAGGUGCUACCACCACGACGGGACCGUCAUCACUUCCGGAACCACCGACGGCUGGGACCCUGGCACGGAUGUCGAUGAGUUCGACGUUGAAAUCAGUUCGAGCAGUUCUCAUGCCAACGCCGAGAUAUUCGAACAAUUUCGAAAGGAAACUAUUUUCAUCAACGCUCCGGAUGGUUUGCCAUUUAAAGAUGUCAGUCAGAAUGCUUCAUUUGUUGAGGAGUCUCGAAGUACGAGCCUAAGGAGCAAACGUUUGUCAUGCAAAAGCGAUCUCAUGCCGGAGGAGGAGGAGGGGGAGAUUUUCUUUGAAAAAAGUUUUAUAACUUUCAGGCCAAACAGUUUCUUCAUAAACCACAAAGUCUAUGCCGGUAUCCACUUUAUGUUCAGCCACAUAACCGAUGUGGAUCUGAAUCUUGAGACCUCGAUCUUCACCUGCGACAACCUGAAUGUUCGGGUGUUUAAAGAUCGGAUAUCCCCUGAGGCACAGUACUCCGAUCCCGCCAUGGAGACUCCAUCUUCCGAGGCCGAUCCCGAUGAGUGGACGAAGGCUAAGAUCCGGAAGGAAUCAGAAACUCCGCAAACAGAUGCUCCUUCUGACGAAUCAUCCUCCCCCAGCAGUGGCGAAGAACAAAAGCCGGAAGGCUUUGAACUGAUUGAAACCUCGUGUGUGGAGGUUGAGUGCGACAACCUGUUUCUGGCCCUUUUUGAGGAUCGGGCCACUAUAAAAACCCACCUGCGCAAGUUUGGGUGCGACGAAAACGCAAGGUGUAACCUACAAGUUCGUGACGAUAUAGAAUUAAAGGUUAACUUUGCCGAAAGCCUGGCGACAACUUUUCGAAAUUGGGUUGACGAGCUGACCAGUUUCAUCAAUUGCUUUUGUCCCAAGCGGCGCACCCUUUACUUCCUGGAAACCCAGUACCCAUCAUGCCAAAAGAAAGGAUUUGAGUUGCUAAAAUCGCUGCCUCCUCUGGGAGAAUAUAACUACUGUGCUGGCAACUACUUUAUAGAUGUGAACGAGCUGACUUCGGUGAAUACGCAAAUGAAAAACGAGUACGAUUGGUUCGAUAAGGAUAUGCAGAAGUUUCCUCGAUUCAAACUUGAAACUAAACCGCCUCCGCCUAACGAAUUUCCCAUGGUUCUGAACAGCAGAAUUUAUGUGGAGUUACCUGCACAGCUGGCCAACACGGAUAGGAUACACCAGUUCGUUUCUGUCUUUGAGUCUAUAAAGUUCAGAAAGCAGCGAUUUCGCUUUAUGGAGGCUAUUCUGUUCCACCUGCAUCCGCGUCUUCGCCUCCUGGUUCAGCAGGAGAUUAGCAAGCGCAGUUGGAAGAACCACCAUGCCGAACACCGUCGCCGGAUGUUCAUUGAACAGCAGCGCCUCAGCCUUUACAUGGCCAUGCUGAAGCACAAGGUGUAUCCGAACUACUUCCAGUUCAAGGACCAGUUCAACUCCCAUGUGAGGAACAUCGAGUUCUUCGAGUUCAUGACGUCCAAGUGCAACGAGAAGGCCCAUCCCGAGGAGAUUGUACUCGAUCCCGCCGAGGAGCCAAGUCCUCCACAAUCCAGCAAAGCCAAAUUGAAGAAGAACAAAUGUGUCUGUCCCAAGUAUCUCAAGUCCAUAGAUUAGAGUCAAUACUUUAAGUAAGAUUUCUAAACGGAAUAAAGAUUAUUUUAAGGAUGCAAAAGGU